AUGUUUAAUGAAGGAGGGAAUUAUUUGGAAAAUAAAAAAGAAUUAAUAAAUCCUGUUGGAGGCUCUAACAACACAUAUUUCAAUUCAUCUUUUUUAAAAUUAAUUAAAAUUAACAGAAAAAAGGAGGCUAGUAGACUUAGAAAAGAAGAAAGAUUAAAAAAACAAAAAAAUUCUUUUAAAAAUUUGAGGAAAAUUUCUGAUAAUUUUAAUGAAUUACAGCAAUUCUUUAAUUCAACUUUUUUUAAUUUGGCUAUUCCUUUAAAUGAAGAAAAUAAUAAAAUUGAAGAAAGACGUUAUUUAGAUGCGUCUUGGGAUGACAGAAAUAAUCGAAAGUUAAUUGUAGAAGAAAAUAAGGAAGAACACCAACAAAUUCCUCCAUUUGAAGUAACUGAUUCACUUAAAUUAGCACUUUCCUCAACAAAACCAACAAUAGAAAGGAGAGAAGAUUUAUUAGAAACUUUAAUAAAAACAAAACCUUUAAUCGAACAAGAAAAAUUAUUAAAUGAAGAAGGGCUUAAUAAUUGGAUAAAUCCUUGGGAAAGACAACGAGGAGAAGAUAGAGAAGGAAGAAAUAAUAAUUAUUUUAAUAUUGAACAGCCCAAUUCUAUUUCAACUUUUAUUUUUUCUUCCUUAACAACCACCCCUCCUCCUUCAACACCAACAAAACCUUUCUCAUUUUCAAUAAAACAACAAACAUCAAUAUCCCCACCACCCCCCACCCAUUCAAUAAUGCCCGGUGCUCAUUUUUAUGUAGAUCAACAUGUUAGUAGAGGAAGAUUUGGAAGAAAACCUCCAUUGGCCCCAACAUUUGUUUAUGAUCCAAAUGUUUUACAAAGUCGUUAUGGAUUUAAUGGAAUACUUUCACAAUUUUUACCUAAUGGAAAAUUACAACGUUUUGGGACUGGAAUAGUAGAUCAUAGGCAAAAUGGAGUUGCUUUAUUACAACAAAAAUCGACAAGUUUACCUUCAGAAAAUUGUAAAAAUAAAAUUAUUCUUUUAAAAAUUAGGAGGUGA